AUGAAGACAAAUCCACUCCGACCCCUAAUCUCUUUGCGAUGCGGGCGUCAUGCAUGUCGGACUUACUCCUCGCUCUCCGAGCGCUUGCAUUAUGAACUGACCACAAGGAAGCUCCCGUUGACUUACGACUAUCUACACCCCCAACCUUCACAUCUUCUGAACCUCACGCUCCGUGAUCUCCUUCCACAAUCCCAAAAUUCCUCUGAUUAUGCGACUCUACCGACAUUGCAGAACCCGUCCCCGCUUCCCGUCGGUCACCACUUAAUCUACUUCCCGCCGCAGGUGACCUUGUCUCAACUACUCCCGGACUGCACAGAUACGUUACACACGCCGGGCGAACCAUUUAAUCGGCGCCUUUGGGCGGGUGGGAAUCUAAGAUUCCCUGUGCGCAGUCCGCCUCUGGAUGGCAGUCGCGCAGUCUGCAUAGAAUCCAUCCGCAACGUGACGGUGAAGGGCCGCGAAGGGGACGAGAAAGUGAUCGUCACCAUCGAACGACGCAUUGGCAAUGUUGCUGAGCAAGAAACAGCCGAGGAGACUUGGGACCGGAUAUGGAAAGAGAACGAAGACAAUGCGGGAGAAUCCUCAGUAAUUGAGAACCGGGACCUCAUUUUCAUGCGCCUAAAAACCAGCGCCCAAAUCGAGGCCGAUAAAGCGCAGUUCGGAAAGCCUGGUAGGACUGUAAAACGUGAGAAUAUACUACCAGCCAUUGAAUAUGAUGUCGAAUUUGCUAAUGAUUCUGGCGCAAUGAAGCUCCCUCCGGUGCGACGUUCCGCCAUGCCCUCAUACCUACUAAAGCGCUGCUAUUCCGAUUCUCGGCGUUGA